AUGGCCACGCAACUCGUCCAGCUUCCCGAAGUGGAGCGUCUCAGUGCCUCAGUCAUUCGAAUCCUAGGUGGCAACCCGGGGAAGUUUACCCUCCAAGGAACAAACACAUAUCUGUUAGGCCAUGGCCCCCAACGAAUCCUAAUAGACACAGGCGAAGGCAAACCAAGCUGGGCUGCAACCCUCCAAAACCUCUUAGCAACAGAAAAAGCCACAGUCACCCAAACCCUCCUAACACACUGGCACCCCGAUCACGUAAAUGGCGUACAGAACCUCCGAAAGAUCUGUCCCAAUGCACAGAUCUUCAAAAACGAUCCAAACACCGACCAAGCCGAUAUAACCGAUGGCCAAGUCUUUUCCGUUGACGGCGUUACCCUAAGGGCGAUUCAUACGCCCGGCCAUACGACUGAUCAUAUGGUUUUUUGGUUUGAAGAGGAGGCGGCUAUGUUUACUGGUGAUAACGUCCUCGGUCACGGCACAGCCGUCUUCCAAGAUCUUAAAACCUACCUAUCAAGUCUCCACCGAAUGCGCGAGCGCGUCUCCGGUGGUCGCGGAUAUCCUGGACACGGCGCUGUUCUGGAAAACACCGGCUCUCGCAUUACGGAGUAUAUCAAGCAUCGACAGCAGCGGGAAGAUGAAGUAUUGCGUGUCCUAAGGUAUGGCAAGCUUGAUGUUUCAGAUGGGGAAAGUGGGAGUGGGAGUGAGAAUGAGGGCGAGCGGAAGCAGGCGUGGACGCCUAUUGAGCUAGUCAAGGUGAUAUACCGGGAUGUCUCUGAGAGUUUGCAUUUGCCUGCUUCUGGGGGUGUGUUGCAGGUUCUUGGGAAGUUGGAGGGAGAGGGGAAGGUUAUUGAUGCUGGUGAUGAGGGGUGGAGAUUAAGUGAGAGGUCUGCUUUGUAG